UGGUAAAUUAAUUCGAUCAGCAGGAAUAUGGUUCGAUAAUAAUGAACCUAACUUCAAAAAAUGGUCAGAUUUCGAAGCUGCAUUUCGAAAUCGAUAUUUUUCUACAACAUCAACUCACAAGAAAUUUGAUACAUUAAAACAACGUAAACAAUUACUGGAUGAACCGAUUACGUCUUAUUUCGAUGACAUUAUUAAUUUAUGCCAGGAAAUUGAUCCAAAUAUGUCAGAAAAAAUUAUAAUUCAACAUUUAAUGAGUGGAAUUAAUCCCGAUUUUAGGAAGGAGUUAUCCAGACGUGAAUCAUCUAUCAAUACAUUGAAUGAAUUUUUAAAAUACGCAAAAAUCGAACAAGAUUUACAUGAUACAUUUCGUAAUUUAUCAAUCGAUUCACAACAACCCUAUACUAAUUUCAAUCGUCCAUCACUGACUGCUGUACUUAAUCAAUCGAAACAGAAUUACCACAAAACGGAUUACAAUAAUUCCAAUUCACACACAGCACAAUUACAGAGAUCCAUCUCUCAAUGGAACUCGACCCCAACAGUAGAAAAUCGAACAUCAAUGACACACAACAACAAACAAAUCCGAAAUUAUCCAUCACAAACAACAUCAAAUAAGAAACAAACCAAUAAUCGAUCAACACCACAAGAUCAAUUUAGUAAUUGUAAAGUUUGUGAUCGCAAGAAUCAUCGGACAAUUGAUUGUUAUUAUAAACGUACAACCGGAUGUUUUAAUUGUGCUGGGUCACAGGAUGGCGGUGCUCCCAGCAAAUUUAAUAAGCCAUCAACAAUAUCCUUAUCCCCAAUCUACAUCGAAAUUCAUGUUAAUAAUAAACCAACCGAGGCAAUUGUUGAUACAGGAUCCGCCAUCUCCAUUAUUCAUUUAAAUUUCCUCAAAACUAUUCAUCACAACAAGUUCAUUUACAAAACCCACACGUGUCAAACAGCAAAUUCAACUCCUCUUGAUAUUAUUGGUCAAAUUGAAUUGGAAAUUAAAAUUAAAUAUAUUAAAACUUAUGUCAUUGCUUAUGUCGCAACAAAUUUAAUUACACCAAUUCUUUUAGGCAAUGACUGGAUUAAUCUUAAUCAUGUUCACCUCUUUGGCGACCAGAAACACUUAACAAUUCCUGAUCAACAUGGUCAAUUAACUCGAAUUCCAUACACCGAACCGUCUUCCAUCAAUUAUCCCGCUCUAUUAGUUAAUCAAAUUACCCUUCCUCCACAUUCACAAACACUGGUUGACAUUACUUCUCAAGUUACUAAUGCCAACAAUUUAAUAUUUGAACCAUAUGAUCGCUAUAUCUCAAAAUUUAUUUUUAUACCGCAUACAUUAUUAAAUGUUAAUAAUCAUCAAGCAAAAAUUUUAUUAAUAAAUGCUCAAAAUCGUCAACAAACAUUACCAAAGAAUACACGCAUCGGAACUCUAUCAUAUGACACAACAUUGUCCAUAUGUACUACAAUACAAAACUCGACAAAACCGGAACCACCGUCGAAUUUUCAAUCAUCCCGAAAACACAAAAUUCCUAAAAUAAGAGCUAUCUCAUAUGAUAAAGAUAACUCGAAUCAAACUCUCCGAGAUAAUCGUUGUCAUCAAUGUAAUGAAUAUUUUCUAUCUGGAAAUGACUUACAAAAACAUUUACGUGCACAAUGUUAUUCAGAUCAGAUUCGAAAACAAAUAAUCGAAUCGACUGCUCAUAUAGGAAAUCCAAAAUAUCGAGAAGCAAUUCAAGAUAUAUUAUGGCGAAAUAAAAUAUUAUUUGAUCCGACACCAUCAAUUAUUAAUAUUCCACCGCAAUCGGCAAUUAGAACUGGUGAUCAUCCACCUAUUUAUUCGAAACAAUAUUCAGCUUCGUAUAAAGAUCAAGAAAUUAAAUUUCAAGAAACACAGAAAUUAUUAGAACGUGGUCAAAUUGAAGAAUCAACAUCUCCAUGGUCAUCACCUAUCGUUCCUCUAUCGAAAGAGGACCGACCAAAAACUGCCUUCUCAACCCGAGACAAUCAUUAUCAAUUUACAGUUCUUCCACAAGGAAUAACAAAUGGUCCAGCUACAUUUCAACGUGUUAUUAAUCACAUAUUAGGCCCUGCACGAUGGAAAUAUGCAUUAGCAUAUAUUGAUGAUGUAAUUAUUUACUCCAAGACAUUCGAAGAACAUUUGUCUCAUCUCAAGGAAAUUUGUCAAAUAUUAAAAAACGCUCGUUUUCGUCUCAAUCCAGAUAAAUGCGAAAUUGCUCGUACGCAAACAGAAUAUCUUGGGCAUCAUAUCCAAAAUGGUGAAAUUCAUCCAAGUCCACACAAUAUACAAGGUUUAUUAAAUACAAAUUUACCACACACAGCAGAUGAAGCUUGUAAAUUUGUUAAAGCAGCAGAAUAUUAUAGAAAAUUCAUACCAAAUUUUUCACAAAUUGCCGAACCACUUAGGAAAUUUGUACCAACUACCAGAACGCAACAGAAAAAAGGACAAAAAACGUUAAUUAAAUUAACAGAUGAAGAAAUUAAAGCAUUUGAACAACUCAAACAUUUUCUUACAACUGAUUUAGUUUUACGUCUACCAAAUAAUAGAUUCCCUUUUAAAGUUCAAACAGAUGCUUCUGAUGAGGGAAUCGGUGCUGUUUUAUUACAAACUUAUCCUGAUGGAGAUAGACCUGUAGCUUAUCUUUCUAAGAAAUUUACUCAAGCACAACGUAAAUGGUCUCCUAUGGAACAAGAAUGUUAUGCUUUUAUUUGUGCUUUAGACAAAUGGCAUAAUUACUUAAGUGGAAUUAAAUUCACUUGGAAAACUGAUCAUAAGGCAUUAACACAACUAAAUCAAAAAGCACAACUUAAUAAACGAUGUGAAAGAUGGAGAUUAAAAAUCUUAGAAUAUGACUUCAAGGUGAAAUAUAUCCCAGGUUCAACUACCUCGAUGCCUGAUUAUUUAUCAAGGUCUCCAGUCGAUGAUGCUGAAGAAGAUCCUGAUGAAGUUUCACUUCUUAUUUCGACAUCCACACAAACCGAUUUCUCAGAUACAAAAAAUCAUUCACCUAUCGUCGCAGCUGUUCAAACUCGUGCGCUGAAAUUACGACAUCAAACUUUAAAUGAUCCGAACGAUGGCACAAAAUCAGCACAAGAUUCUCUAACUUCUUCAUCCGCCAAUCAAACAUUGAAUAAUUCAAUGAAAGAGAAUCGAAUAAUUUCAUUUUCCAUUGAAGAAUUAAUUCAAGCUCAACAAAAUGAUAAUUAUGCAAAAAAUAUUCUGAACAAUAUCAAGAAAUAUAAAAAUUAUAUGAUCAAAGAUAAUCUUUUAAUGCGUCGAUCAAAACCGUCAGUUCCUUAUGUACCACAAGGUGAUUUUCGAAAAACAAUUUUACAAAUUUACCAUGAUACUGCAGCCAAUGGUGCUCAUUUCGGAAGAGAUAAAACAAUACAUAAAAUUAAACAACGUUAUUUUUGGCCUUCGAUGUACAAGGAUAUCAAUAAUUAUAUUAAAUCAUGUAUUACUUGUGCUCAAUAUAAUCCUCGUCGGAGAAAAGCUCCUGGUAAAUUACGACCAAUUAAACCUCCAGAAGGUGUAUGGCAACUAGUAGCUAUGGAUUUUCAUGGCCCUAUCAAUCCCACAUCUCGUCGCGGCAAUAAAUAUAUAAUAUGUCUUACAGAUAUUUUAUCAAAAUUUGUGGUAACAAAAGCAGUACGUGAUAAUACUGCACAAACAGCUGUUAAAUUUCUUAAAGACGACGUCAUUUCAAAAUUUGGUACACCUCGAUGUAUCUUAACCGACAACGGCACUCAUUUUACAUCAACAGUUAUGAAUGAAUUAGUCAAACAAAUUGGAUCAACACAUUUAUAUUCAACACCAUAUCAUCCUCAAUCGAAUGGUCAAGUUGAAAGAUACAAUUCAACAAUGGAUGCAAAAAUUGCAGCUUUAUCCAAUAUACAAAAAACAGAUUGGGAUGAUCAAUUACCGUUUGUCACGUUCAAUUACAACACGUCGAUCCAUUCCUCAACCAAGCAAAUUCCAUUCGAAAUGAUGUAUGGCCGCACACCAAUAUUACCAUUUGAUUAUCAAGAAGAUAAUGUUACAAUUCAA